AUGGAUGUCCCUGUGGACACUGUGGAUAUCCCUGUGGACAAUAUGGAUGUCCCUGUGGACACUAUGGACGUCCCUGUGGACACUAUGGACGUCCCUGUGGACACUAUGGACGUCCCUGUGGACACUAUGGAUGUCCCUGUGGACACUAUGGAUGUCCCUGUGGACAAUAUGAAUGUCCCUGUGGACAAUAUGGAUGUCCCUGUGGACACUAUGGACGUCCCUAUCGACACUAUGGAUGUCCCUGUGGACACUAUUGACGUCCCUAUGAUAACUAUAGAUGUCCCUGUGGACUCUAUAGACGUCCCUGUGGACACUAUGGACGUCCCUGUGGACACUAUGGAUGUCCAUGUGGACACUAUGGAUGUCCCUGAAGACACUAUGAACGUCCCUAUCGACAUUAUGUAUGUCCCUUUGGACACUAUGGACGUCCCUGUGGACAAUAUGGAUGUCCCUGUGGACACUAUGGACGUCCCUUUGGACACUAUGGACGUCCCUGUGGACACUGUCGAUGUCCCUGUGAACACUAUGGAUUUCCCUGUGGACACCAUGGAUGUCCCUGUGGACAUUAUGGACACUAUGGACACUAUGGGUGUCCCUGUGGACACUAUGGACGUCCCUGUGGACACCAUGGAGAUCCCUAUGGACACUAUGGACGUCCCUGUGGACACUAUGGAUGUCCCUGUGGACACUGUGGAUGUCCCUGUGGACACUAUGGAUGUCCCUGUGGACACUGUGGAUGUCCCUGUGGACACUAUGGAUGUCCCUGUGGACACUGUCGAUGUCCCUGUGGACACUAUUGAUGUCCCUGUGGACACUAUGGAUGUCCCUGUGGACAAUAUGGACGUUCCUGUGGACACUGUGGACGUCCCUGUGGACACUAUGGACGUUCCUGUGGACACUGUGGACGUCCCUGUGGACAAUUUGGAUGUCCCUGUGGACACUAUUGAUGUCCCUGUGGACACUAUGGAUGUCCCUGUGGACACUAUUGAUGUCCCUGUGGACACUAUGGAUGCCGCUGUGGACACUAUGGACGUCGCUGUGGACACUAUUGAUGUCCCUGUGGACACUAUUGAUGUCCCUGUGGACACUGUGGACGUCCCUGUGGACUCUAUUGAUGUCCCUGUGGACACUAUGGAUGUCGCUGUGGACACUAUUGAUUUCCCUGUGGACAGUGUGGAUGUCCCUGUGGACACUAUCUGA